AUGCUCAGAGAACUAGCUGUGUACUACACAUGUACACGAAAACAUUUAAAGGCAACUGGGAACGGGGAAACUGGCCAACCACCUGUGCAGUCAUAUCGGGCAUGUGGCUGGGGAAAUCAUGCUCGGAGAACUAGCUGUGUACUGCACAUUUCACGCAAAUAUCUAAAGCCGAUUGUGAACAGGGAAACUAGCCAACCACCUGUUCAGUCAUAUCGGGCAGGUGGCUGGGGAAAUCAUGCUCGAAUAACUAGUUGUGUACUGCACAUGCACACGAAAAUACUUAAAGGCAACUCGAAAACGGGGAAACUAGCCAACCACUUGUGCAGUCAAAUCGGGCAAGUGGCUGAGGAAAUCUUGCUCGGAGAACUAGUUGUGCACAGGGAAAUCAUGCUCGGAGAACUAGCUGUGCACACAAAAAUACUUUAA